AUGGCAACCGUACUUGAUCCUAUUGUUGGAUCAUGUGCCAAGAAGUUGCAAGAUGUAAUAACAGAGAAGGCUGUUAUGAUUCUAGGGGUAAAAGAAGAGCUCAGAGAAAUGCAGAGAACAAUGAAACAAAUACAAUGCUUCCUUGAUGACGCUGAGCAAAGAAGGACAGUAGAGUCAGCGGUUAACAACUGGCUUGGAGACCUGAAAGAUGCAAUGUAUGAAGCCGAUGAUAUAAUAGAUUUGGCUAGAUUAGAAGGAAGCAAACUGCUAGCAGACCGUCCAUCAUCAUCUAAAAACAUUGCUUCAUGUACAGGCUUCUCAUUUCUAUCUUGCAUUCCUAAUAUUCAAAGACGUCAUGCAAUUUCCGUUCGAAUAAAAAAUUUCAAUGUGGAACUUGAGAAGAUUUCAAAGCUGGGUGAAAGAUUUUUUAUGCUGAAGAAUAUGCAACCUAAAGAAGAGAAUUCAAUAGUGAGGCAGGUGAAAACUUGUGAGCUUGUGGAGCCUAACCUCGUGGGAAAGGAAACUUUUGUUGCUUGCACAAGAUUGGUGGAACUGAUUCUGGCACAUAAAGAAAAUAAGUCAUACAAGAUUGGCAUUGUUGGAACAGGUGGUGUUGGAAAAACAACUUUGGCCCAAAAAGUAUACAACCACCAAAAAAUAAAAGGCACUUUUAGCAUGCAAGCGUGGAUUUGUGUUUCUAAAGAGUACUCUGAAGACACUCUUUUGAAAGAAGUUCUUCGAAAUAUUGGUCUAGACUAUAAGAAAGAUGAAACUGUUGGAGAACUUAAAAAAAAGCUUGAUACAGCAGUUCAAAAUAGAAGUGUAUUUAUUGUGCUAGAUGACAUAUGGAAACAUGAUGCAUGGACUAAUCUACUAAGAACUCCAUUAAACACUUCAUCUACAACAAUAGUUCUUGUGACUACACGUAAUGAUAUUGUGGCACGAGCAAUUGGUGUGCAGGAUGUUCAUCGAGUAGAAUUGAUGUCUGAUGACACCGGAUGGGAGUUGCUGUGGAAAAGUAUGAACAUUAAUGAAGAGACUGAAGUGGCAAAGCUAAGGGGUCUGGGGAAUGAGAUUAUCCGUAUGUGUGGUGGCCUUCCCCUUGCAAUCAAGGUUACUGCUAGUGUUCUAGCAACCAAAGAGAAAACCGAGAACCAGUGGAGACAACUUAUAAACAGAAGUGCUUGGUCGAUGAGCAAAGUUCCCAUUGAGCUGAGGGGGGCAUUGUAUUUGAGUUAUGACGACCUUCCAGGGCAUUUGAAGCAAUGCUUUCUAUUUUGUUCAUUAUAUCCAGAAGGCCAUGACAUGUCACGUCAUGAUCUUGUAAGGUUUUGGGUUGCCGAAGGUUUUGUACAGGAGCAAGGAGAGCAACUUCUUGAGGAUAUAGCUGAUGAAUAUUACAAUGAAUUGAUACACAGGAAUCUCCUUCAUCCAGAUCCUCAAUAUGCUGACUAUGAAUGGUGCAAAAUGCAUGAUCUUUUAAGGCAGCUUGGUCAACAUUUGUCGCAGGGUGAAUAUUUUUGUGGACAUCCACAAUCAUUGGAAGAUAAAAAUUUGUCCAAACUACGGCACAUUUCAAUUUUUACUGAUAGUGAUUCUAUAACUCUCCCCAAUGGGAACAAAGAGGAUAUUAGAGCCCGAACAUUGCUUAUUGGUUGGACCCAGUCAGUAAGAGUUGAAAAAACAAUAUUCAAAAGACUUCCAUGCAUUCGAGUUUUGGAUUUAGAAGGUUCAAUUAUACAAAAAGUUCCGGAUUCUAUUGGGUCUUUGAUCCACCUUCGGUCACUUGAUUUUGAUGAGACUGACAUAUCUUAUCUUCCCGAGUCAAUUGGUUCUCUCACAUACCUUCAAAUACUGAACUUGCAGCGGUGUCCAAAUUUGCACAGGCUUCCUUUGGCAAUCUCCAAAUUAUGCAAUUUAAGACGCCUGGGCCUUGAUGGAACACCAAUAAACCAGGUUCCAAAAGGGAUAUGUGAAUUGAAGUCUCUCAAUGAUUUGGGAGGCUUUCCAAUAGGUGGUAGCAAUGUUAAUAGUGACAGAAUGCAAGAUGGAUGGAACCUAGAAGAAUUGGAUCCCCUUUGGCAGUUGAGAAGGCUUGAUAUGAUCAAACUGGAAAGAGCAGUUCCUCCUAGUAAAGAUUCAUUGCUAGCAAACAAAAAACAUAUCAGAAAAUUAUUCCUACGUUGCAGUGAACACAUACACGAGCCAUAUUCUGAAGAUGUUGUAAUCAAUAUUCAGAAAACCUUUGAUUUGCUAAUCCCUGCGCACAACCUAGAGGAUCUCUGUUUUACGAAUUUCUUUGGUCGGAGGUUUCCAACCUGGCUAGAUACUGCUACCCAUUUGCCUUCACUGACAUACUUACGGCUCAUAGAUUGUAAAUCAUGUGUUCAUCUUCCACCAAUCGGUCAGCUCCCCACCUUGAAAUAUCUGAAAAUCGAUGGAGCCACUGCAGUCACCAAGAUUGGACCUGAAUUUGUUGGCUCUGGGGUGGGUAAUUUCAGAUCUCCAGAGGCAGUAGCUUUCCCCAAGCUUGAAACAUUGGUCAUCUGGGAUAUGCCCAACUGGGAGGAGUGGUCCUUUGUUGCUGAAGAAGAACAAGAAGAAACAACAGCAGGUACGGAAGGGGGAGAGGGUGAGGCUGCUGCAAAUCAAAAGGAGGAAGCGCCGCCUCCAAGGAUGCAGCUGCUGCCACGACUGAAGAAGUUGGACCUUGACCGCUGCCCCAAGCUAAGAGCUCUCCCAAGGCAGUUUGGAAAGGAGGCCACCAGCUUGAAGGAGCUCCAAUUAAGAGAUGUGCACAGCCUUAAGGUGGUGGAGGACAUCGGUUUCCUCUCAGAGGUCCUUUUAAUCGAAGAUUGUGAAGGCCUAGAGAGGGUCUCAAAUCUUCCCCAGGUGAGACUGCUUCGUGUAACGCUGUGUCCCAACUUGUGGUGUGUUGAGAGGCUGGACAACUUGCGCCAGCUGUUUCAGACAGAGGAUAUGGAAGGUGCCUCAUCACAGUGGCUGCCUGGACUCCAAGAGCAUCACCAACAGCUGCACGGAGAAGACAUGGAUGUCUACACUUGGAUAUAG